CUCCUCUCCCUCCUCCCUCGAGCCCGGGGGUUCCUCAGCUGGCUCAGUCCGAAUCAGUGUCAUUCAGAGAGAAGGACAGCUGAGGGCUGGGCGCGAACGCGCGGUUGCAGUCCUGCUCGGGCGCGGGUGCCUGCGCUCGCGCCGCCGGGUGGGAAGGAUGAAGCCUCAGCUGGAGCAGCCACCCUAUGAUUGGCUGUGGAGCUUGUGAACCCGAAGUAAAGAUGGCGGGCGGGCAGGCAGCCGCCGCACUGCCCACUUGGAAGAUGGCGGCGCGCCGCAGCCUCAGUGCCCGCGGCCGGGGGGUCCUGCAGGCAGCUGCGGGCCGGCUGCUGCCGCUGCUACUGCUGAGCUGCUGCUGCAGCGCGGGCGGCUGCACAGCGGCCGGCGAGAACGAGGAGACUGUGAUCAUCGGGCUGCGGCUAGAGGAUACGAACGACGUGUCGUUCAUGGAAGGGGGUGCUCUGCGGGUGAGCGAGCGGACCCGGGUCAAGCUGCGGGUGUACGGGCAGAACAUCAACAACGAGACAUGGUCCCGCAUUGCCUUCACUGAGCACGAGCGGCGCCGGCACACACCCGGCGAGCGUGGGCUGGGGGGCCCCGCGCCUCCGGAGCCGGACAGUGGCCCCCAGCGCUGCGGCAUCCGCACCUCAGACAUCAUCAUCUUGCCCCACAUCAUUCUCAAUCGCCGCACAUCGGGCAUCAUUGAGAUCGAGAUCAAACCGCUGCGCAAGAUGGAGAAGAGCAAGUCUUAUUACCUGUGCACGUCUCUCUCCACGCCCGCACUGGGCGCCGGCGGCUCCGGGUCUGCGAGUGGCGCCGUCGGGGGCAAGGGUGGCGCGGGGGUGGCUGGACUCCCGCCUCCUCCCUGGGCCGAGACCACCUGGAUUUACCACGACGGUGAGGACACCAAGAUGAUAGUGGGCGAGGAGAAGAAGUUCUUGCUGCCCUUCUGGCUGCAAGUGAUCUUCAUCUCGCUGCUGCUGUGCUUGUCCGGCAUGUUCAGCGGCCUCAACCUGGGGCUCAUGGCUCUGGACCCGAUGGAGCUGCGCAUCGUGCAAAACUGCGGCACGGAGAAAGAGAAGAAUUAUGCCAAGCGCAUCGAGCCGGUGCGCAGGCAGGGCAACUACCUGCUGUGCUCGCUGCUGCUGGGAAACGUACUAGUCAACACCACGCUCACCAUCCUGCUCGACGACAUUGCGGGCUCAGGCCUUGUGGCGGUGGUGGUCUCCACCAUUGGCAUCGUCAUCUUCGGAGAAAUCGUGCCCCAAGCCAUUUGCUCCCGACACGGCCUGGCGGUAGGGGCCAACACCAUCUUCCUCACCAAGUUUUUCAUGAUGAUGACCUUCCCCGCUUCUUACCCGGUUAGCAAACUGCUGGACUGCGUCCUGGGCCAGGAGAUAGGCACUGUCUAUAACCGGGAAAAACUGCUAGAGAUGCUCCGGGUUACUGACCCCUACAACGACCUCGUUAAGGAGGAGCUGAACAUCAUCCAAGGGGCGCUGGAGCUCCGCACCAAGACGGUGGAGGACGUGAUGACUCCCCUCAGGGACUGCUUCAUGAUCACCGGCGAGGCUAUCCUGGACUUCAACACCAUGUCUGAGAUCAUGGAGAGUGGCUACACUCGAAUCCCAGUGUUCGAGGGAGAACGGUCCAACAUCGUGGACCUGCUCUUUGUCAAAGACUUGGCCUUCGUGGAUCCAGAUGACUGUACUCCCUUGAAAACCAUCACCAAAUUUUACAACCACCCUUUGCACUUUGUUUUCAAUGACACCAAGUUGGACGCUAUGCUGGAAGAAUUUAAGAAAGGUAAAUCCCACCUGGCCAUUGUGCAGCGAGUGAACAAUGAGGGCGAAGGGGACCCGUUUUAUGAAGUUCUGGGAAUUGUCACCUUGGAAGAUGUGAUUGAAGAAAUCAUCAAAUCUGAAAUCUUGGAUGAGACAGACUUGUACACCGACAACAGAACAAAGAAGAAAGUGGCCCACCGUGAAAGAAAGCAAGAUUUCUCUGCCUUUAAGCAGACGGACAGCGAGAUGAAGGUUAAAAUAUCACCGCAGCUUCUCCUGGCCAUGCACCGUUUCCUAGCAACAGAAGUAGAAGCAUUUAGCCCAUCCCAGAUGUCAGAGAAGAUCCUCCUAAGGCUGCUAAAGCACCCCAAUGUCAUCCAGGAACUGAAGUACGACGAGAAGAACAAGAAAGCCCCCGAGUGCUACCUCUACCAGCGGAACAAGCCCGUAGACUACUUCGUCCUCAUUCUGCAGGGGAAGGUGGAGGUAGAAGCUGGGAAAGAAGGCAUGAAGUUUGAAGCCAGUGCGUUUUCAUACUACGGUGUGAUGGCCCUCACAGCCUCUCCAGUUCCUUUGUCCCUGUCUCGCACCUUUGUUGUCAGCAGGACAGAGGUGUUAGCUGCGGGCUCUCCAGGUGAAAAUAAGUCACCUCCUCGCCCCUGCGGCCUGAAUCACUCGGACUCUCUCAGUCGGAGCGACCGGAUUGAUGCCAUGACACCCACCUUGGGGAGCAGCAACAACCAGCUCAGCUCUUCAUUCCUACAAGUCUACAUCCCUGAUUACUCAGUGCGAGCCCUCUCCGACCUACAGUUCGUCAAGAUCUCCAGACAGCAAUACCAAAAUGCCUUGAUGGCGUCCCGGAUGGACAAAACGCCUCAGUCUUCAGACAGUGAAAACACUAAAAUUGAAUUGACUCUUACGGAGAUGCAUGACGGCUUGCCAGACGAGACGGCCAACUUGCUCAAUGAACAGAACUGUGUGUCACACAAUAAGGCCAACCACAGCCUGCACAGUGAAGGCGCCAUCUAGGGCCCCUCGGGCCCCCUUGUCCUGCCCUCCUGGACUCGGUCUGACCGUGACUUCCACUAGUGUGAGCUUGUCUGCCAUGCUGCGUCCUACAGCAUUGAGACCAAAGACUUUGUCCCCUUCCCUGGAAGCUGCGGAGGACGGCUUGGGGAGGGAUGGAAACCGGACACGUGACAUCCACAGCUGGGGCAUGGCUUUCAAGAAUUCGGAGACAAACUUCUUCCGCCCAAAUAGAAUCAUGUUUAUUUUUUCAGAACCUUUUAUCGUUUCUUUCAUCCCUCAAUUUGCAUGAAUUUAAAAAUCGUUGCAUUUAUUUUUUUUCCAAGAGAUCAUGUUUUUGUUUUUAAGUGUCUUUUGCAGAGUUUGAAGUUGGUCUUUCUGAGCUAACUCUGCUGUAGCCCCACCAUGUGACCCUGACAGGAUGGACUUGUCCCUUUAGUGGCCUUCCUUGGCCAUCCCUAGGAGGGCCACCUUUCCUCCGUGCCCGGUGGGUGUCGCUGUCGAACUUGAAGGAUGAAUGAAGAAAAUCCUGUCACUGCAGAACGUGCCAAGUCUGUCGUCACUGUGGGUGUCGGCAGAAGCUGCAGGUGCCCUCUCUGCACGUAGCGUCCUUUUGAACAUAUGUCUAACCAAGUCCCUUUCCCUCAGGAAGGGUUAACGUUUGCUUGGGAAUGUGAUUUUCUCCCACCUUAAGGAAUUUUUAUCACCAAAAUGAAUGUUAAUGAAUUUUAAACCUAUGGUUUAUGAUUGGCAGGAGGCAAUGGCUUCAUCCCCCAUUCCUGUAACCUGGGGUGGGCUGGGCCAUCAGCUAACCACACCCCCACCUCCUCACCCCUCACUCUUGCUAACCCAAGCUGCUGCAGGUGCCAAAUGGAAACUUCCAUGGGGCUUCCUAAUGAACACGUGGUGUGGCGGCGACAGGAGUGCUCUCUCCUCUGGAAUUCGUGUAUUAUCUGAAUGGGGUGGGUGGGGUUGGGGCAGGAGGCUGAUGGUGCGCCCAGACAUUUCUGAUCCCAUGUUUUUAAUGGAAUACCCUUCCUCCCAUAGAGCCAAGUGCCCCUAGCAUGUUGUCCCUGGCCUCUGGGUCUCAGAAGUGGCAGUGACCCUGCUCAAAGGUGCCUCCUGCUUCAGAUGUGGCUAGUGCCAGAGAGCCGCCCAUACAGCCAGAGCCAGUUUAACCCUGAAUGGAUUCAGAGACCAAAUGUGUGCUGUGACCAUUUCAUGUGUGUCUCCGUCUUACUUUAAUACAAAAUUUACCAUGUGUUGUGAAAUUCACGCCAGCAGGCUCUGCUCCAGUGGCUUAAGUGGUCCCUUACUUGCAUUUGCUGGCAGUGCUCGUACACUCAAAUGAACUCCUGGCCAUAGUGUUCAGUGGGAUUCUCAUCACCCAGGUCACUGCUAAAGAAGAGAGCCUUCGUGUGCCUGGGCUUCCUGCAACAGGAAACCCUCAGGCUUGGCAUCAGCCUCCUCCUUCAGGUAGGAGGUCUGCUAACCCCAGGGUGGACUCUGGGCGGGCGGCAUGGUGGGUUGAUCUUUUGAUGAAUUGCUGAUGACUGAAAACUCUGUGCGUGUGCACACUAGGACUGGAACCCACAUGGGGCCGUGUGCAUACUUGGCAGGUGCUCUGUCACUGCCACACCUGCAGACCUCGGCAUGGGCCUCUGUGCCAUGUCCACUGAGUGUUGGGUGGUGGUCCUGGAGUGUUCUGGUUGGGAAAGGCAGGCACACUUAGUGGAGGGCCUUUAAAGGAGCUGAGUGACCUGCUACUGGCACCUGGCCUGCCACCUUGGAAUGAAGUUACUACCAUGGGGAACCCCACGCUGUGAGUACCCCCCUUUCAAACUUCCAAGCCAAAAAAAAAAAAAAAAAAAAUCAGUUUUCUAAGGAGCAUACUAUGUGAUGUGAGCUCUCUGGUGUGGCCAGGUCAGGGCCUUUCCACCACCAAGCGUCUGGCUGGCCUCCUCCCUGAGGCCUGGAGAGCCAAGGCCCCACUCUGUCAGCCUCUCAGGUGUGGUGCAUAGCUGCCUCUGUCAGCCUUGCUGCUGGAAGGAGCCUCGGGGAGAGAAGCACCUUGGUCGUCCUCUCUCAUGGAUCCUAGAGGUGGGUGACUCUAGGAAGCUGGGAGAGCAUCAGUCACCACCUGCUGUGGCUGCUAACUGUAGAGUUCUCUUCAAAGCCGAGGAGUGGGGUUCUCAAAGAUAGAGGCUAUGGCCUGCCAGCUCUGUGUUCAUUUCUGAUUAAUGAACUAAUUACCAUUGACUACUUACUUCUAUAACCAGGGACUCAGAAUAGUUCCUCCCUCGUCCCCGAGUGCACAAAGGUGACCUGGCCAUAGUGAGCUGCUGGGGAGACACCUCAAUCUUCAAACAGGGUUUGCAUCUGAGUGAACAAUUUUUCCAAGUCUUCCCCCUCCCAAGCCAACUCCUGAGACAACGGAAGGAAACACUGGCUCUUUGCCCUUCAGAGUGGAUCUUGGCUACGAAUGGCACAUACCAUCUCUGGCCUCACCCCAUGGACUUCCCAGCCAAGAGAGACUGGCAAGUAGUAGAGUGGCCAGGUUCAGGGCUCUUCCUUUGUAGCCCCUACCUGUAAUCCCUCCUGAGCUGCUGUGUGUGCUGUAUGUGGAAGGGAGGGUCCAGGCAAAGCAGACUCAGGCCUUUUUAGUUCUGGUUGCUGUGGGCCUGCCCGUUCCUCUGCUGCCAGCCAGAGGACAGAACAGCACCUAUAACUAGAUGCCAUGUGGGCAGACAUUGCUGGGACACUGUCACUGUUAAUGAGGGUCCUUCAUUUACUGCCCUUUGUCCAUCCGUCACACAAGUUCAACCUCUAAUAAUGCCUUAGGAAAACAGAAUCCUGACAUUUAUACAUGAGUAUUGGGGUGCUAGUCAACUAGCUUGAACUUUGGAUCCUAAUUUGAAGGUGCCGCCUGUUUCAUACUCUCUGUGGGCAUAGUUGACCUCACGUGAAGGGAGCUGAACCACAACUAAGUUUCUCAUGUUAUUCCAAGAAACGUGCGCAGGCGUUCAAUGCAGAACUUCACACUGAUACGGAACACUAACUGUGAAAAGUCACCUUGCCAUCCCCAGUUCUGUGCAGCUAAAGGACCAGUUUUUCCAAGUCUAGGAAAACAUGGUAGGUCCAAACGCAUUAGAAAGUGGAGCAACAGGAUUUUGAGUUACACAGGGACCAUGAACUUCAGCCCGCAAAUUAUUUGGGUCAAGGAGCAAAACCAAGGAGGUGCUGGGUGACUUAGCCUGUCCUUCUCUUAAGGCUAUCAGAGAUCUGCCACCGUCACUGUGCCUGGACCCAGGGUAUGAGGUCUCCCGGGAUGGACCCAAGCAGAUUAACUCUCUGGACUGGCACAAAGUACACACACCUUGUCCCAUGGACUAAAGAGCAAGAUGAGAGGGUGGCUUCUACAGACACCGUGUAGUCUUAAACCCCUGUGGCUUGGCAUGAUUCCUCUGCUUUCCUUCUGAAGGACUGAUGGCUCUUUAGUUACUUAGGUACCAGUAUGCACCCCCUUUUUUCUGAGGGACCAGGCUCUUUCCUGGGCUAUGUUUGCUUCCUUUCUGGGCCAUAGGCUUGUGGUGCUUCUGUCCAACAAGGAUAACUGGGUAAGUUGUAGGCUAGCCCAGAAUUUGGAGGAAUUUUGAGGUGAAUAUAGAAGUGACAGUGGGAGGAUUUGGAAGUUUUUCCCAUACAAAUUUAUCAAAUGCGGAACCUACACAGUGGACUUGUAUACCUCAGGGCCAUUUCCUUCCGUGCUUGAGUGGCUGAUGAGAAGAUGAACUUGAGCUUCAUUUGCUUCUAGUUGAAGGAUGAACAGUGCUCCAAGGCUGCGCUGCUGGUACUAAUCUUGGGUCUCCUCCUGGAAUCAAUGAUUUACUGGUUUUUUUUCUGGAGUGUCCCCAGUCAUGCUGCAGCCCCAUGGCCACCUCAGUCAGGCAGAGGGAGCAGUCCAUACACUGCAGCUAAAGUGAGCAUCUGGGGACCUUUGCUUCUUAGCUCCCUGUGGCUGACACAGCUCAUGCAACCUUUUUAUUCCAGAGCCACUGAGACACUCAGCUGCAGUCUGAAAUGCUUUUUAAGGGGAUGCCAGGCAGUACUUGAAGCAAAAACGGCAAGAGUCAGGUUCUAGAGUUUUAUAUACACAGCUGGAAGGUGGGAGAGAUAUGGGUCAGCAUUUUCAGAUGACGAUGUUUUGGGGUUCUGUCUAGUUUCACUUAGAAGGGUAUGUUCUGAUGUUGCUCACAUGUGAUCCAUGCGGAUCUACUUCUGGGGCUGGAUUCUUCGAGUUGCCCAAAAGAGAACUAUCAAAGGGGCCUGACAGACCUGAGUGCCUGCUCUUCUUGGAGACUCGGGUUUCUCACAUAGAAACUGCUGGGGUCCCAGACCUCUAGACCCAAGGGAAGCGAAGACUCAUUCCCUGGAGAGCCCCCUAGCUUCUGACUCACGACCCCCCAUGUCAAGUCUACUGUGAAGUCUCAUCAACCUACUGACUUUUCUUAUUUCUGCAGUCCUUUGAGUCCACAAAUGUAUAUGCUUUAUUUUAUAUUAUUUAUUAUGUACAUAUGUCUCUAUGUUAGUAUAUCAUUUGUGACUACGACACUGUUUUGAAGCCCCUCAUCCAUUGAGCCUAGUGUUCUGCUGUUCCUUAUCGGGUGAGAGGGUGGUGGUAUCUUUUUGUUUAAAAGGAAAAAACCCACCCAUAUUGCUGCUUUUACACCAGCUUCCUUCAUUGCCUUACCCACUCCUUCCCGAUGGCCCGUAUUUGGGAGGUAGAUGGAGGCAGUGCUUCUGUCUCCAUGCGUUACCGCAGAAGUGGUUUUAUGGUGGUUGGGUCUCUUUCCUAUGCAGUGGUAGCAUAUGGCUGAGACCAGAGCUUCCUUCCUCAUCCACACACAAGCCAGAUCACCUUCUUGGUCCCAGACUGAUGGCCUCUACUCCUCAACUUUUACUGCAGACUCUAUCUGCAAUGGAAGCUGCCCAUCGAGGCUCCGAAUAUGGCCCUUCCCGGUGUUAUGGUACAGUUACCAACACUGCCUUGGGCCUAACGUAAUUGUCUGAUUUCCAUCCUCCUCAGCUGUACCCACUGUACCACAGCGUACAUUUCAUGCAUCUGAGCAGUGGCAUCAAUGGAAAGCUAAACACAGGUCACGUGCACAAACUUCACAAGCUGUCAUAACGGACGCGUUUAUAAUUCAAAUGUUGUAGAUUUACAAUACCUAUUUAUUUGUACCAAUUUAUUUGUAAAUCUUGUGAUUGUUUUUAAAAGGUUUUGUUCAUUUCUAUUAUUCUAUUUAGAUAAAUGAUUUUCUGUUCACCCUUUUA